GCAAUGAAGAUAUUAGAGAAUCAAACUGAGACGAGUAGUUUGAGAAAUAGCAAUGGCCAUCCUGAAUUUCACACCUUCCUCAAUGUUCCCGGUGACCAUAGAUUCAGCUCGAGGAACAAGAGUUAGAGGUUCUGUCAUCAAAAUGCAGAAGAGCCUCAAUACUACGGAUCCUCCUGCCUCACCUGGUUUCAGCUUAUGUACGUGCGGAAGAAAGCAUUUCCUAGGAGAAGCUACGACGCCGUUUCUUCCAAUCUCUCCUUCCUACGCUGCUCCAUCCACAGCUCCAAACUCAACGGAAGUAUUGAACCAAUUGCGUCCUCCUAAGCCUGACUGGUAUUUUGAGCUCUAUGGUUAUUUUAGGAGCGCAGGGAUGGAAAGAUAUGAGAAAGAGAUUGCUGUUUACAAGAGGAAACUCUUUGCAAAUUUGGUGGGAAAAGCAGAAACUGUUUUGGAAAUUGGUAUUGGAGCUGGUCCGAACAUCAAGUACUACAACAAUAUUCCAAACGUCUCUGUUCUUGGUGUGGAUCCAAACCCUAAGAUGGAAAGUCACGCACUCAAAUCCGCUAUAGAAGCAGGAGUGAAAUCCGAAAACUUCAAGUUCAUUCACGCGGUCGCAGAAUCUAUGCCAUUAGAAGAUGCAUCAGUUGAUGCAGUUGUUGGAAGUCUUGUGAUGUGUUCUGUCUCGGAUAUCCCUCAAACACUCAAAGAGAUAAAACGGAUCCUAAAACCAGGAGGGCUUUACCUCUUCGUGGAACAUGUUGCAGCAGAAGAUGGAACAUUUCUAAGGAUGGUGCAGAAUGUUUUGGAUCCAUUACAACAAGUUGUAGCCGACGGAUGUCAUCUAACGAGGAACACAGAAGACUACCUUUUAGAAGCUGGGUUCAAAGGUGGUGUAGAUAUCAACAAGGUCUCUCUUUCUGCCUUUUACCACUUAAGCCCUCAUCUUUAUGGAGUUGCUUAUAAUUAAAAAAAAAAAAAUAGCUGGGAUAUAUCUGAACUCAGCAGCUCAUCUUUGGACUGAACACAAGGCUUUCUUUCACGUUUGAAAAUAUCAAGUUUUCAACUCUGUUUCUCUAUAUCUGCUUUUGAUCCUAAACUAUCGACUCAAUCCAUUGAGUCUAAGCGAUUAUGAUGUUGUGUUUGUAACUGAAUAAUGCUUAUAAGCAGAAAAUAAUGUAAAAUCAUCGGAAAGUUUGGAACUCUUUCUUCUACUAAUAAAAAAAGGUAAUUAAUCAA